AUGAACUCGCGAAAUCUGCGACGAUUGGCUGGUGACCAUGCGGCUCUACACAACAAUCCAUUACCACCGAAUUAUCUCUUUGACCCGACCUCGACAUCAGACUCGGAGCUCACUUCCCUGGAUAUACUACUAGCAGGUCCGCGCGCCACACCUUACGAAACUGGUGUCUUCAAACUUCACCUCACGAUCCCUACCACAUAUCCUCAGGAACCGCCCAAAGCAUAUUUUCGCACCAAGAUUUUCCAUCCUAACGUCGAUGACGGGACGGGAGCUGUCUGUGUGGAAACACUGAAACGGGAUUGGGAUGCAAAGUUGACGUUGAGAGAUGUUUUGGUGACGAUAUGCUGUUUGUUGGUUCAACCCAAUGCCAGCAGUGCGUUGAAUGCUGAGGCGGGAAUGUUUCUGGAACAAGGGGACUGGAGUCAGUUUGAAAGAAGGGCGAGGAUGAUGACGAGGUUACAGGCGGGAGUGCCGAAACAUCUUAAGGAGGCUGUUUUGGAAGCCCAGAGGAGGGGUGAGGAGAGUGAAGGACUGGAACGAAAGGAUUCGGCUUUGAAUAUGGGAGAGGCAAGUAGGACGAGGAGGAGAGGGACGCCUUUGCCGAGAGAAAUGGUCGAGACUCCGGUUGAAGGUGGGAGGAAGACGACAAGGACUGGCACACCACCUCCUCCGCCUACUCGAGCGCCUGCGACAUCACGUCCUUUCGUGCGUCAGUCUGCUAGAGAUGAUGUUUUUGGCGCGGUUCGUCUGCCUAUGCCUCACGCGACACCUAUCAUGCCGGAUGACUCGUCUGAGAUUCUACCUACGAACCAAGGUAAUGGUUUCACGAUAUCACCAGCCAUGCCACCAAUUCCUCGACUAUCACCUCGCCGACAAGGACCUCCAGCUCCACUGCGAGACCUCUACAUGACAGAAUCCGAAGCCGAAUAUCCACCCUCACCAAAGAAGAGUCCUCAAAAGCAAGCCCGAGAUGCGAGCAAUGCGAGCAUAGAAUACCCACCCUCACCACGAAAGAGUCCCCAGAAGAAAGACUUCGACACCCUUUUCCAGCAACCUUCUAGGCCGGAGCCCAGCAGAGCCGAAAGCAGCCGCACAGGCGCAGCGAGACGCCUACAAUUCACCGCAUCACAAUCACAAUCCCAAACCACACCCACUAUCCUCGACUCCUCGUCUCUGCUGGAGCCCAAUGUCACCUUCGACCUUGCAAACGAUACCGAGCCGGACACCUCUGAGAUCGAAGCCUCAUUCGAAUUGCCAAAACGCAGAUCUGCGAUUGCAGCAAACAAGAAACUUGCACAAGCUACCCAAGCAGCGCGCACUCUACGACGAAAACCAAAAAUGGUGGUUCCACAGGCAUCAACACCUAUUUCCAUCCCUGCUCCUCGAUUGGCGAAACCUCGCAAGCUAUCGCCAGUCACAAGAAAGACUACACCGCAACGCCCCCUGUCUCCGCCGAGUUCCUCUUUUAUUGCUUUGCCAUCUGCAGAGAAGGAGGACAAAAGUGUGAUCAUUGCACCAGUGGAAGUUUUACAGGAUAAAAUCAGGAAGUCUGACAUUCAGGUGCGAAAUGAGAAGUUGGAGAAAAGGUUGUGGAGGCUUUGUGGUGGGGAUGUGGGAAGGUGGAACAGAGGUGACUUUGGAGGCCACUUUGAGGUCAAGGGAGCUAGAUGGUAA